GUUCCUUUUUGUGGGGAUAACGCUGAGCAAUUUUUGAUAUAUGUUUCGUGUGGAAGCUCAGAGCUCGUUCAAAAACUCGUGUGCUCGUUUCUUUCUAUUGCUGAGCCGUAACGUAUGACAUCAACCUUACCCAACCGAUAUCUCUAAUUCCUGCCUGCGAUUUGGCCACCCAGGUCGUCUUUGACUAGUCCUCUCUUUCGUCUGCGCCUUGGGAGAAUGUGCUUCGUUUGAGUGACUGCCAUCUUGUUCAUAGCACUGUCAUGGCUCCAGGACUCGUCGAACCGGCAGUGAGCAAGGAUCCUGCUCGAAGAUUAGCGGAUGUUACGGCCGACUACGACGACACUCUUCGCUUCUAUUUGAAUGGGACAAAGGUUGUACUCGACACUGCAGAUCCAGAAUGUACACUCUUGGAAUAUUUGAGGGGAAUAGGCUUAACUGGCACUAAACUAGGCUGUUCAGAGGGUGGGUGUGGCGCGUGUACGGUUGUGGUCUCACAGUUUAAUCCAACUACAAAGAAGAUCUAUCACGCCAGCGUUAACGCCUGUCUCGCCCCUCUGGUCAGUGUUGAUGGAAAGCAUGUCAUCACAGUUGAAGGCAUUGGGAACGUCAACAAGCCACAUCCAGUUCAGCAACGAAUCGCAAUGGGAAAUGGAAGCCAAUGUGGUUUCUGUACACCAGGAAUAGUAAUGAGUCUGUAUGCUCUCCUAAGGAACAGCGAGCAUCCUUCCGAACACGAGAUCGAAGAGGCCUUCGACGGCAAUCUAUGCAGGUGUACUGGUUACAGACCGAUCCUCGAUGCGGCACAAUCGUUCAGCUCAAGGGCAACAGGAUGUGGUAUGGCAAAGGCUAAUGGUGGAAGCGGUUGCUGUAUGGAGAAGAAUGGUAUCAAUGGCGAAAGUGGCGGCUGUUGCAAGAAAUUGGCAAACGGCAGCGACGAACUAUCUCCAGAGAUCAAGAAAUUUGAUGCUCCAGAAUUCAUAAAGUACGACCCCGAGACCCAGCUCAUCUUUCCACCGGCGCUGCGGAGGCAUGAAUUUAAACCUCUAGCUUUCGGAAACAAGAGAAAGAGAUGGUACAGACCUACCACGUUAGAGCAGCUACUCGAUAUCAAGGCUGCGUACCCUUCAGCGAAAAUCAUUGGAGGAAGUACCGAAACACAAAUCGAGGUUAAAUUUAAGGCAAUGCAGUACACGGUAUCUGUGUUCGUUGGCGACAUUCCAGAACUGCGGCAAUAUUCCUUUCACGACAACUUCGUCGAAAUUGGCGGCAAUGUCGUCCUAACGGACGUCGAGCAGAUUGCAAAGGAAGCAAUUCAACACUAUGGUCCUGAAAGAGGCCAGCCUUUUGCUGCUAUGUUGAAGCAGCUGCGAUACUUCGCUGGUAGGCAAAUUCGAAACACGGGAACACCCGCUGGCAAUAUCGCCACCGCCUCCCCAAUUUCCGAUCUUAACCCAGUGUUUGUCGCAUCUAACGCCAUAUUGAUUGCCAAGUCAAAGGAAAAGACGACUGAGAUACCGAUGUCACAGUUUUUCAAAGGCUACAGGACCACUGCUUUGCCAACAGAUGCCAUCAUAUCCAGCAUCCGUGUUCCUACAGCUCGAGAGAAUGGCGAAUACAUAAGAGCUUAUAAACAGGCCAAGAGAAAGGAUGAUGAUAUAGCCAUCGUUAAUGCCGCCCUUCGUGUCACGCUUGACGCAGAUAACGUCGUCGAGAGCGCCGACCUUGUUUACGGAGGCAUGGCUCCGAUUACAAUUAAGGCAAAAAGGGCCAGUGAAUUCUUAGUUGGUAGAACCUUUACCGAUCUCAAGACCCUUGAAGGUGUCUUUGGCGCUCUUGAACAAGACUUUGAUCUACGUUUUGGCGUUCCAGGUGGCAUGGCGACUUAUCGCAAGUCAUUGGCACUUAGCUUCUUCUAUAAAUUUUACCACGAGGUUCUUGCGGAGAUCGGUUCACGUGAGGUGGAGGUUGACCACCAAGCAAUUGGUGAGAUCGAGCGGGCCAUCUCUACGGGCAAGAAGGAUCAUCUGGUUGCACUCAAGUACGAGCAGAAGAUUCUAGGAAAAGAGCGUCCACAUGUGGCUGCUUUGAAACAAUGCGUUGGUCAAGCACAAUACACAGACGACAUUCCACAUCAAAAGAACGAGCUCUAUGGCGUGUUGGUUUUGUCAAGCAAGGCACACGCUAAGCUCUUGUCGGUUGAUCCGUCUGCCGCGCUUGACAUGCCCGGUGUGGUGGAAUGGGUUGAUCGCCAUGAUCUUCCAAACGCUAAAUCAAACUGGUGGGGUGCUCCAAACUGUGACGAAGUCUUCUUCGCAGAAGAUGAAGUCUUCACAGCAGGUCAACCCAUUGGAAUGAUCCUUGCCGACACGCGUCAGCACGGCGAGGCUGCUGCGAGAGCUGUCAAGAUCGAAUACGAGGAACUUCCCGCCAUCUUCACGAUCGAAGAAGCUAUUGAGAAAGGCAGCUUCUUUGACCAUUUCCGGUAUAUCAAAAAGGGCGACGUUGAUGCCGCCUUUGCGAAUGCAGACUACGUGUUCGAGGGUGUGUCGAGAAUGGGUGGGCAGGAACAUUUCUAUCUCGAGACUCAGGCCUGCCUUGCUGUACCGAAGCCCGAGGACGGAGAGAUGGAAAUCUUUAGCAGCACUCAGAACCCAACAGAAACCCAAGCAUAUGUCGCUCAAGUGACCGGCGUCGCAGCAAACAAGAUUGUUAGCAGAGUCAAGCGGCUCGGUGGCGGUUUCGGUGGUAAGGAAACGCGUUCGAUUCAGCUCGCGGGCAUCGUAGCCACCGCUGCAAAGAAGGUUGGGCGGCCGGUCCGCUGUCAAUUGAACCGGGAUGAGGAUUUCGUUACAUCUGGACAGCGUCAUGCAUUCCUCCACAAAUGGAAGGUAGCUGUUAAUAAAGACGGAAAACUGCAAGCCCUCGAUGCAGAUAUUUUUGCAAAUGCAGGAUGGUCGCAAGACUUGAGUGCUGCCGUUGUUGACAGAGGUCUCUCCCACGCCGAUGGUGUCUACAUGAUUCCAAAUGUGCAUGUACGAGGUCGCUUGGCGAAGACGAAUACUGUUUCUAACACAGCAUUCCGUGGUUUUGGUGGCCCUCAAGGCCUCUUUCUUGCAGAAUCAUAUAUGGAGGAGAUUGCAGAUCAUCUCAAGAUCCCAGUCGAAAAGUUCCGCGAGAUGAACAUGUACAAGCCUGGUGAGAUCACACACUUCAACCAAGAACUCAAGGACUGGCACGUACCGCUCAUGUAUCAGCAAGUCCAGGAUGAGAGCGAUUAUUGGCGUCGGAAGGCCGAGGUUGAGGAGUUCAAUAAGACUCACAAGUGGAACAAACGCGGUUUAGCCAUUGUGCCCACUAAAUUUGGCAUAUCUUUUACAGCACUUUUCCUCAAUCAAGCCGGCGCUCUUGUUCACAUUUAUCACGACGGAUCCGUUCUUCUGGCCCAUGGAGGAACUGAGAUGGGUCAAGGUCUGCACACAAAGAUGAUCAUGAUAUGCGCUGAGGCCCUCAAAGUCCCACAGGAAUCGGUCUUUAUAUCUGAAACUGCUACUAAUACUGUAGCCAAUACGUCUUCAACUGCAGCCUCGGCGUCAUCUGAUCUCAACGGCUACGCUAUCUGGAAUGCCUGUGCGCAACUCAACGAACGUCUUGCUCCGUACAGGGAAAAACUUGGUCCAAACGCCACGAUGAAGGAGAUCGCACAUGCGGCUUACUUUGACCGGGUGAACUUGUCUGCGCAGGGAUUCUACCGGACGCCGGAUAUCGGCUAUGUAUGGGGCGAGAACAAGGGUCAAAUGUUCUUCUACUUCACUCAAGGCGUGACCGCUGCCGAGGUUGAGAUUGACACUUUGACGGGAGACUGGACGUGUCGCCGCGCAGAUAUAAAAAUGGAUGUUGGGCGCAGCAUCAAUCCAGCCAUAGACUACGGCCAGAUUGAGGGUGCCUUCGUACAAGGACAGGGUCUCUUCACUACUGAGGAACUGCUGUGGCACCGUGCAAGUGGUCAAAUGUUCACCAAAGGACCUGGCGCAUACAAGAUCCCUGGUUUCAGGGACAUUCCUCAGGAGUUCAACGUUUCCUUGCUCAAGGAUGUUGAGUGGGAGAACCUGCGGACGAUUCAAAGAAGCCGUGGUGUCGGAGAGCCUCCUCUCUUCAUGGGUAGCGCAGUUUUCUUCGCCAUCCGUGACGCGCUGAAGGCUGCAAGGAAGCAGUGGGGUGAGGAGAGCGUGCUAUCACUCUGGGCACCGGCCACGGUAGAGAGGAUUCGAACGAGCUGCGCGGAUCCGAUUGUGAAGAGGGCAACUGUCGUGCCUCAGGAGGGAGAGAAAAGCUUCUUCGUCACAAUCUGAAAGCUGAUGUCUCGCCUUAGACACUCAUAAGAUGCGGAACAAGAAUAUUAUGCAGAUGUGCCGCAUAGCCAUUCUUUGAAAUUUAGACACAAUUAUGACUUGUACGAAUGUCGAAAGCAAUGUGAUUCUGAUGUUAUAAUGAUAUAGAUGUGUGCAUUGUCUCCUAAAUAUGGACCGCGAAAGUUGAAUUUUUUGUCUCG